AUGGUGGAUAAGAAUGCGGAUCCUGAUAAUUACACUUACCCACUUUUGGUUCAAGCGUGCGCUAUCCGGGUAUCAGAGUUUGAAGGAAGACAGAUACAUAAUCACAUUUUGAAGACGGGUUUUGAUUCAGAUGUUUAUGUUCAGAACACAUUGAUCAAUAUGUAUGCUGUUUGUGAGAAUAUGAGUGAUGCCCGGAAAUUGUUUGAUGAAAUUCCUGUUUUAAAUCCAGUGUCUUGGAAUUCGAUUUUGGCAGGGUAUGUUAGGGCUGGGGAUGCGGAGAAGGCAAAGCUUAUAUAUGAUCGGAUGCCUGAGAGGAACACAAUUGCUUCGAAUUCUAUGAUUGUGUUGUUUGGUAGGACAGGUUGUGUAACUGAGGCUUGUCGAUUGUUUAAUGAACUGCCCGAAAAAGAUAUGGUUUCCUGGAGCGCAUUGAUUUCUUGUUAUGAGCAAAAUGAGAUGUAUGAGGAGGCUUUAGCUCUGUUUCUGAGAAUGGUUGCUAAUGGAGUUAUGGUGGAUGAGGUUGUGGUGGUCACUGUUCUUUCUGCAUGUGCACGCUUAUCAAUUGUCCAGACAGGGAAAUUGAUCCAUGGGCUAGUUGUGAAAAUUGGAAUUGAAGCUUAUGUUAAUCUUCAAAAUGCCUUUAUUCACAUGUAUUCAAGUUGUGGGGAAAUUAUGGCUGCCCAAAAACUGUUCAAUGGAGCCUACCACUUGGAUCAGAUAUCCUGGAACUCGAUGAUAUCAGGGUACUUGAAAUGUGGUUUAGUUGAAAAGGCUAGGACAUUAUUUGAUUCCAUGCCCGAGAAGGAUAUCGUGUCGUGGAGUGCAAUGAUAUCAGGUUAUGCUCAACAUGACCGCUUCUCAGAAACUUUGGCAUUGUUUCAGGAGAUGCAGCUUCUUGGAAUCAGGCCUGAUGAGACCACUUUGGUGAGUGUUGUCUCAGCUUGCACUCAUUUGGCGGCCCUUGAUCUCGGCCAAUGGAUUCAUGCUUAUAUAAGGAAAAAUGGCCUUAAGAUUAAUGUAUUUUUGGGAACAACCCUUAUAAACAUGUACAUGAAAUGUGGGUGUGUGGAAAACGCAUUGGAGGUUUUCCAGGGGACUGCAGAAAAGGGAGUUUCUACUUGGAAUGCUCUUAUUCUUGGGUUGGCAAUGAACGGGUUGGUGGAGAAGUCACUUGAAAUGUUUUCAGAGAUGAAAAAAUGUGGCGUGGCACCUAAUGAGAUAACCUUUAUUGGAGUUCUCGGGGCUUGUCGACACAUGGGCUUAGUCGAUGAAGGGCGCCGCCAUUUUGAUUCCAUUGUCCAUGAACACAAGAUAGAACCCAACGUUAAGCAUUACGGUUGCAUGGUUGAUCUUCUGGGGCGUGCUGGUAUGCUCAAGGAGGCAGAGGAACUCAUUGAGAGUAUGCCAAUGACACCAGAUGUUGCUACUUGGGGUGCCUUACUAGGGGCCUGUAAGAAACACGGGGACCACGAUAUGGGAGAGAGGAUAGGAAGAAAGCUCAUUGAGCUUGAUCCUGACCAUGAUGGGUUCCACGUAUUGUUGUCGAAUAUAUACGCUUCAAAAGGUAACUGGGAUGAUGUUCAUGAGAUUAGGGAAAUAAUGGUGCAACAUGGGGUGGUAAAGAUGCCAGGUUGUAGCAUGAUUGAAGCAAAUGGAAUAGUUCAUGAGUUUUUAGCAGGAGAUAACAAACACCCUCAAAUAGAGGAGAUUGAGAAGAAGCUAGAUGAAAUGGCUAAGAAACUGAAGAUGGAAGGUUAUGCACCAGAUACGAAUGAGGUUUCAUUUGACAUUGAUGAAGAAGAGAAGGAAACUGCUCUUUUCAGACAUAGUGAGAAACUCGCCAUUGCCUUUGGACUUAUCUGUACAAGUCCGCCAACACCAAUAAGAAUAAUAAAGAAUUUGCGAAUAUGCAAUGAUUGUCACAUGGCAGCAAAGUUCAUCUCGAAAGCUUUCAGUCGAGACAUUGUGCUGAGGGAUCGGCACCGGUUUCACCACUUUAAGCAAGGAUCUUGUUCUUGCAAGGAUUAUUGGUAG